AUCUGCCUCGGCCCUCCAACCUCCCCCUCUCGCCCGUGCUUGGCCGGCGCUUUCCUCUUUCUCUUCAGCAAUGGGCUCUCCGAUUGCGUUCCUGGCCCGGUCGGUGGUUUCCAACUUCAAGGACCGGGUCCGUCCCCACAAAACCGAGCCGCUCGAGCUUGUUCUGCGGCCAGCCGACGGCAGCGACCAGUCGCCGAUACCUGCAGUGCACGACCACGACCACGACCAGACCGUCUGCAUCAAACAGGCGCCAAUCCCUGCGAGUCCCCGACCUUCUCACAGCCUGCCUAUGCGGCCCACGAAGCUGCGUCGCGGCUCGGACAAGAAGGCGCCGAUGGACAGCAAGUCCACACCUCCUUACAAAGAGGACAUCAAGUACAAGUACGAGGCGCCCACCACCAUCGCGGAUGAGCCCCUCGAAGUCACCCUCGUUGCCGGCACCAUCACCAUCGCUCCGCUACCACCCGUUUGCCUCGAUCCGUCCCUCAGCUUUGAAUCGGCUCUCGAGCUGCUCAGGAGGCUUCCCAUCCAGCGACUGACCGACCACAGCAUGACGCCCUUCACCGAUGCGGCCACUGGUCUGCCUCGUCUGCGACUGGACUACGAAGCCUGCAUCUACAUCCUAUCAGCCCUGAAGCUCGAACGGAGCAGCACACCCUUUCGCAACCAGGCCCUCAUCUGGCGGCUCAGAUCGCGCAUGCUCGUUGCCGAUCCGACCAUCGAUGCCGCUGUCCAGCUGUCGCAAGAAGUGUUCAAGGUGUGGCCGCAUCUGCAGUCGUAUUUCCCACGCAACAUCAGCAGGACGCUAGAACUGAAUGCCGCCGAUGAAGUUCACUCAACGCCAUUACUGGUGGCCUCGGUACGGCACCGCCAGAGCAACCGCAUGUCCUCGCCGCUGUCACAGCCGCCAGAUGAGUCGAUCGAGGACAGAAUCCUGCAGGAAGUGUCGUGCAAACUCUCACUCCUGAUGGGCGACGAGGCCACCCUGCCAGCCGAGAAGCAGCCCAGCAACCCCAGUCCGUCGUCCACACCCCCGCCCCAGCCUCCAGCAAGCAAGCCUGGAAUGUGGGCCCAUUUUGGUCGAAACCGACACCUGUGAACCCUCCCCGGACGGGUCCAUACAUCCAGGAUGACGGCGAUGCUCUGGCCUGUCGAAAGGACCAUCGAUCGAAAAACUACCACUGUCGAGCAGGCUUCUCGUACAUCUCUAUCCUCUG